UUUUUUUUUAUUCUUUUUCACUUCUUGACCUUUUCCUUUUCUUUCUUCUUCGUAACAAGUCAUCAUGUCUCAUCAAAGUGGUAUACAAGUUUCCGAAGAACUGACCAAAACUUUCAAUGAAGCUGUCUCCAGUGGUGACACUCGUAUUCUUCGUGUUUCUAUUGUUAAUGAAUCCUUGGUUUCCACAGCUAUGACAAAAGUAGAAGGUUCCUUUGAUGAAGAUUACAACAAAAUUGAUACUCAUUUGGAGGACAAGACGCCUGCUUAUUUACUCGUCCGAACUGAUGAAAAAACAACAGCUGGAGAAUACAAUUGGUUAUUUUUAUGUUAUGUACCAGAUGGUGCUAAAGUGCGUGACAAAAUGCUUUAUGCUUCAACCAAAGCUACUUUGACUAAGGAACUUGGGGAUUCAAAAUUCACAGACUCGAUUUAUGGUACUCAAAAGUCUGAAUUCUCCAAAGAUGGUUACAAGAAACAUUUAGCGCACAAGAAUGCUGAUGCUCCUUUGACUCAACGUGAAAGAGAAUUAGCUGAAAUCAAAGCAGCUGAGGCACAAGCAGUGACAGAUUAUCAAGGAACAACAACUCGCAAGACGUAUGCACCUGGAAUUGCAUUCCCUUUGACAAAUCCUGCAGUGGAAGCACUUGGCGUAUUGAAACAAUCCAAAUCAGAAAGAUCCCAUAAUUUUGUGACAUUGUUACUUGAUAAAGAAAAGAUUGAAUUGGACGGAGCAUCUACAGUGGCAAUCAAAGACAUCAAGAAUAAAAUCAAUGCCGAUGCACCACGAUUUACUUUUUACUUGUUUGAACAUGAACAUAAUGGGGAAUCAAAGGAGGCUAUAGUAUUUAUUUACACUUGUCCUCCUACAUCCAAGAUCCGUGAAAAGAUGUUAUAUUCAUCUUCCAAAGCAAAUGUUAUCACUGGUGCAGUCAAUCAAGCUGAUAUUCAAGUGAUGAAAAAGUUUGAAACGAGCGAUCCAAGUGAUGUGACGGAAGAUUAUCUAUUAGAAGAUCUUUAUCCUGUGACACCAACAACGACAAGUUCAACAGGCUUCAUACCAACUGGCAACAAUGUGAAUGAUCGAAUUCAAAUGUUAGGUGGAACUCGUGGAGGAUUUAAACGACCUACUGCACCAGGAAGAAGAAGACCUGCUACUCAUACCCAAUCUUAGGCAUCUAUUAUUAUUAUUAUUAUUAGUUCGUUAGUUUUUUAUCCCGAUUGUUUUAUAGUAUUUUGAAUAAAGUUUGAAGAUACAACAUGAAUUUACUGACAUAAGAUGAUGUUAAC